AUGGAAUUUAAUAAUGUCUUGGACGGCCUACAAGGCCUAAGUCUCGAUCCCGAGCGGCUUCUCUUCUGCCCAACAGACACUGGGCAAAGUCCAUGGGAAGGCGUUGAUGCCGAUAUUAACGGCAUGCUCGGUGGCAUUCCUUCUAUAAACGGAUUUUCCAACGUCUCCAAAGUGGACCUUCAAGGUUCUCGCGGUUUUCUCGCGAAGCUCGGGAUUGGCACGAAGAAUGGUCGACGCACGGUUGAAUUGGCGCUGGAGGGUGGGGCGGGUAUUGGGAGGAUCACGAAAGGUCUGCUUGUCGAAGUGGCAGAUGCGGUCGAUGUCAUAGAGCCUGUUGCCAAGUUUGUCAUCUCUUUGCAAGAGGUAAAAGGGGUAGGGAACGUUUUCAAUGUCGGGCUAGAAGACUGGUGUCCCGCAGAGGGGAUCUUGUACGACUUGAUCUGGGUACAGUGGUGCGUGGGCUACCUAACCGACGAGCAGCUUGUGGCUUUCAUGAAGCGGUGCAGGGCUGCGCUAAACCCUGACAGCGGAAUCAUGGUCAUUAAGGAGAAUUUGAGCACCAGUGGCUGUGAUGCCUUCGAUGAGGUCGACGGGAGUGUGACGAGGGUGAACUCGAGCUUUUUGAGUCUGUUCGAGGAGGCAGGUUGGCGUACUAUUCGAACCGAGACGCAGAGGGGGUUGGUCAGUCGACUUCCGAAGAAGCUUCUCCCCGUCCAAUCUUACGCGCUGAGGCCCAAAGAUAUGAUUGGCAUGGGUUCCUCGUAA